AUGCUUGGCACAUGUCGUAGUUGCAGGGAAGAAGACGAUCUGGUCGUUGUAGCGAAGUACCGUGAACACGCUUCCACGCGAGUUAAGAAGCAAAUAAGUAAACAAGCGGACCCCAUUCUGGCAGCACUUCAGUGGCACCAUAAUCCUGAGGUGGCUCGUGGUGCUGUGUGCCGUGGAAAGACUUAUGAAGCAGCUUACAAAACAAGCUUCCACGGUGGUACUUGGCUCCAAGCUGCCUACAAGCCACUCGAGUCCCGCUCGUUGUGUGAGAGUCAGGCAAGAGAGCUCAGAGCGGGCUUCAAACCCUACGAAGCAAACGAACCAGUGGCGCUGCUUCUGCGAACCUUGUACGGUAGAAUACUUUCGCCCACAGAGAGAGCCGACACGGAGUUCGCCGCGGCCGUCGUGUAUGAUUUGCGACGCAGUGAUGUAUGGCCUGCUCCAGCCUGCCUUGAAGCCGUAGCACUAGCACUCAUGAUACAAGGGCGCCUUGAGGAAGCAAGUUUGUGCUACGAGCAGCUUGCCGCUGCUGGCCCACUGCCUGAAGUUGUGGUUGUCGUUCAGGCGCGUUAUGGUUCAUGCCAGCUCUUCAUGGCUACCCUGCCACGCCUUGGGUCAAAGCCAUCCCCCGAGAUUCUCGGCAAGUCUUUUAUUGCUGCUGCCGCACGGGGCGAUAUCGAGCUGCUAGCACAUCUGCACCUGAAUCAUGGGGUUCGGCUGGACUACCAAUUUGGUCGCUACAGCGCAGCCCUGGCAGCUGCCGCUGGUGGGCACACGUAUGUAAUGGAAUUUCUCCAACGUCGCGGUGCAUUAUCGACAAGCCUGGCGGCGAUCGUCACAGCGGAUAGUCACGGGCAUCAUGACACAGUACAGUAUCUAAUCGCGCAAAGAGCUGCCAACUGGCAUGGCCGAGAACGCCCCCGCGGCCGUGAUGCGUAA